AUGGCCGGGAUGUGGUCGAAUCGCGGAUUCAAAUCUUCACUAAUCGUAUUCUCAGUCCUCCUUUCCGCUUAUUUAUGUGUAAUCUGUACUGCGAAAGAGGAAGCAACAGCAUCAAAAUUAGGAACAGUAAUUGGUAUCGAUCUUGGUACAACUUAUUCCUGUGUUGGUGUUUACAAAAACGGACAUGUUGAAAUCAUAGCUAAUGACCAAGGUAACCGUAUUACUCCUUCAUGGGUUGCGUUUACUCCUGGUGAACGUUUGUUGGGUGAGGCUGCAAAGAAUCAACACGCAGCUAAUCCCAUGGGAACUGUCUUUGAUAUCAAAAGACUUAUCGGAAGAAAGUUUGAUGAUAAAGAGGUACAGAGAGAUAUGAAACUCUUACCUUACAAGAUUGUCAACAAGGAAGGAAAGCCUUAUGUGGAGGUUAAACUAAAGGAUACUGAGACUAAGGUUUUCAGCCCUGAGGAAAUUAGUGCUAUGAUUCUUACCAAGAUGAAGGAAACAGCUGAAGCAUUCUUAGGAAAGAAGGUUAAGGAUGCCGUCAUUACUGUUCCUGCAUACUUCAAUGAUGCUCAGAGACAGGCUACCAAGGAUGCUGGUGUGAUUGCUGGAUUAAAUGUAGCAAGAAUCAUCAACGAGCCUACCGCAGCAGCUAUCGCUUAUGGUUUGGACAAAAAGACUGGAGAGAAGAACAUCCUU